UAUUUGGACGUUGUUUUAUUUACGUUCAGCAAAAUUGUUGAUAGUAAAUUACAUAGAUGUUUUAUUAUAACUUUUCGUUACAAUUAUAUCAAGAACCAGUAAACAAUUAAUGCUUAUUGCUAAAAAUAAGUUUUUUCCAUAUUUAUAUUAAAUUUAUUUUAAAAAUGCAUUAAUUAAAGUAAUGGAACAAUUGGAGGACCAACAAAAUUUAAGUACUCAAUUAAAUACACGAGAGAGAUCUAAGCAGUCUGGGAAUUCUAAUAAAGAUCCUCCUAUUUCUAAUUCAAAAUUAUGUAGUUUUUAUUCAAAUUAUGGUUUUUGUAAAUUUGGCCAAAAUUGCAAAUUUUUGCAUCGAAGAAAAUAUUCUUACAAAACACCUGUUCAGAGAAAGUCUACACCGCAAUCUAAUGGUGCUUCUUUAAAAUUACCUCAAAAAAAAGAAAAAUAUGCUGAUACAAUAAGCAAAGAAUUUAAUGCUAAUGGAAUAACAUAUAAAAAUAGUCAAAAGCGAGUUUGUCGGUAUUAUAAAGCUGGGCAAUGUGAAAAGGGUGAAAAUUGUUUAUACAAUCAUAAUUUAGACAAUUUUAACAUUUUCGUGAAUGUGACAUUAUCUAAUGAUAAAAAAGAUCAUGUAGCAAAUGGUAACAAAAUAAAUGUAUCUAAAAAAAAAUCCAUACCACUUUGCCGUUAUUUUCGACAUGGUUCUUGUCAAAAGGGUGAUCAAUGCAAAUUUUAUCAUAAUCCAAAAUAUCAGAAAGAACAGCUCAACAUAUCAUCUAACAUUAAUGAAAAUAAUUUAUCUAGUAAAAAAACAGAAUAUAAUGCUGCAAUUUCAUCUAAUGUUGAUUCUAUGAAUUUAGAAAAUGCAGAGGAUCCAGUUCAUACUUCUAAGCUAUUAGCUAAUCAUGAAAAUUCUGAAACGUUACAAGAAUUUAAACAUUUAAAUAUAAAUAAUGAUACUGCUACAAAUAAUAUCCAAAUUCAAAUACCACAGAAUUCAAGAGUUUUUAAUCUUUCUACAUUAUCAGAAGAUGGUUUGUGUCAAUUAAGGAAUACUGAAAUUACUCAGCUAAAAAAGCGAUUUCCAAAGGUGAUAGAAAAUGGAUCAGCUUUUGCAUUUGAUUUUGAACCAUCUGAUCCUGACUGGCCAUUUGACAUGAAAUCCUUACAUCUUCAAGUAACUUUUCCUGAAAGCUAUCCAUUAGAGGUUUGCGACAUCACUGUAGUUUCACACAUGAAUUAUUUGCCAGGAGUUUUACUAAGACAUUUAAAUCAAAGUAUUUGUGAUUGGCUAAUUGAAAAACAUCAAGCUGCAAUUGAACAGAAUCAAGUGGUUCUUCUUUUCCGCCCAUUUCUCAAGUGGUUUGAUAAGAAUUUAGAAGAAUUUUUUAACUUUGGUUUAAAGAAGGUCACAGAUGAAGGAACCCAAAAUGUUGACAAUGAAUCAGUUUUGCCUGAAAGAAAAUCUCCUGUAUCAUGUGAAAAUAGCCCUGAAAAUGAUAUCUCAGGUGAAGAAUCUUCUCUUUCAUCAAAUAUCCCUAGUAUACCUUCUGAUUCAGAAAAAGAAAGAAACCAUUCUCCUAUUAGACAGAAAGCUGAACCAUCUGUUCUUAAUAAUUUGCAAAUGCAAGGUUCCAAGAUUAUAUUUACUGGUUUAGAAUUUGUUGAAGGUGUUGCUGCUCUAUCUUGCAAGAAAUUGUCUAUUACAAUUCAUUGCAGUCGCUGUAAGACAUCUUGCAAUAAAAUUCUUAUUCCAAAUAAGAACACACCAAUGUUGUGUUCAAAAUGCAGCAAAAGCAUGGAAUGCAAUUUCAAUCCUUCAAUUCUGCAUCAAUUUUCAAGUGUUCUUGGUACUAUAUAUUUGAUGGAAUGUCAAGCAGCUGAUGUAAACCUUGUGGAAUGUGCCUUUCUUGUAGAUUGCCUCAGUUGUGCAAAACAAGUUUCUGUAGAUGGCCUACAUUAUGGACAAAAGCAAAAGUUAUGGUGCAAAUUUUGUAAUCAAAAAUUAACUAUAGGAAUUGAGAGUGUAAAAUUUCAAACUUCUGCUGCUACUGCUGUGACUACUUCCAAUAAAACAGUUGCUGUUAAGAAAGUAACUAAAAAGAAAGAUCCUGUAAUAAAAGAAGGAUGUCCGUUGCCUGAUUAUGGUGCUUGCAAGCAUUACAAGAAAAGUUAUCGUUGGUUGAGGUUUCCUUGUUGUGGACGAUUAUAUCCCUGUGAUUUAUGCCAUGAUGAGAAGGAAGAUGAUCAUGAUAUGAAAUAUGCUUCUCGAAUGGUUUGCGGGUUUUGCUCCAAAGAACAGCCAUAUAGCAAAGAGAAACCAUGCUUUGGUUGCUCUGCAAAUAUGACCAAAAAAUCUGGCUCUUAUUGGGAAGGUGGACAAGGUUGUAGAAAUUCAGUUACUAUGUCAAGUCACAACAGAAAGAAAUCAGAGCUAGCUAAAAUGCAUUUCUUCAAGAUGCCCCCUCAUUCUGGUAAAAAAGUAGGUAAUUUUUCUCUGCAUUUUCCUUAAAAAUUUGAAGCCCUAAAAGUAGUGUUAGAUUUUUGAUAACUUUAAAAGCUACAUACAAAAGUUAAAUAAAUAAAUGGUUAAAAUCAUAUACUGGUGAAAGUUCAGUAUACUGUAAUAACUAUAUAUGAGCUUCCGUAUUUUUUAAAUCGCAGAGUU